UUGUAUUAGGCUGUAAAUGGGAUUGAGCCUACACGAGCAGAAAUUUUCUUAUUAACUCAUAAAAAGCGUAAGGAUGGUAGGCCACUGGAUGAUGAUUCUGUCAAGACAAUCGAAAUGAUAAAUGAAGGGAUAAGCAAUAGUGAGAGAUCUACUGAGCAACCUCCUCGUAGUGUUGCUUGGGAAGGUGAUGUGUAUUCUCAGGUGUUAGGAAAUAAAAAAAGUGGGUACGUUCGUGGUUUAGGACUUGGUCCAACUCCUUCUGUUCUAUGGGGUAGUAGGUCUUCCUUAGGAAAUAUCAUUGCAGAUGAUUCUUCUAAUGAGGUUAUACAAAGGUUAGAACAGAAGAUAAUCGAGUUAAAGGAGAAACAAAAUGAAGAAAUGAAUAUGAUGAAACAAAAUCAGGAGAUGAUGCAAUCAAAAUUACUCCAAAUGAGACAACUCAUGUGCAAAUAUGCUCCUGAUGCAUCUAUGCCUCAAAGUAGCAAUGGCACCUCAGGUGAACAGAUCCCUGAUGCCAAUAGUGGACAUGAACGAGUACCACAAACAUCAAGGAUGCCUAGUUUUGCUGAAAAUGCUCAACCUUCUCAUGGUCAUACCGUCUGAUGUUGGAUAAUUUAGCGGGUGAAAGAUUUCAAAAUAAUGAAAAGUUGCGGAAAUCAUUUGAAGACCAUCAUUUGGAUUAGUUAUAUAAUGACAUUAGCUAUUUAGUCUAAGCAAUAUAUUUUUAUGUUUUAAGUUACUGUGAUAUUAAUAUUUUUGAUUAGUACUUCCUUUUGUUUGUUAAGAUU